GGACGAUACAGUCAGGAGUCCGAGUCUGGGCAAAGAAGCGCUGAAGCUGGCUAACGCGGCGCACCGCCAGCGCCGGUGGUACUAGCCUGGCCCACGCGUGGAGUGGGCAGACAGUAGGUAUCCUGCACUUCAAAGUGCGCGCACCCAUGACUCCGGAGCCAAAGACAGCGGUCGGCAUAAACCCAGUGGUGGUGGUGACAGGUGCGAACAGGGGUGUGGGGUACGGCAUAUGUCUGCGGUUCCUCCGACAACUGUGUCUCCCAGCCCCUCCUGACGCGUUCCUCAAGAGCGACGGUGGCGCGCCGAAGGAGCUGCCUAACAGCCACUGGCUUACACGUGUUGGAAAGGUCACAAUUGUCAUGGCGUGCCGAGAUAUCGACGCCGGCAGCCGUGCUAGAGAGAAGCUGGUGAAACAGUUUGAGGCUGAUGUUGUUCGUCAUGCGCGGGCUCGCUCGAAGAUGGGGAGAGAUGGAAUGCCGGAAGUCGAUGUCGUUGUGCGUGAGCUCAAUCUGGGUAUUGCAAGCAGUGUGUUUGAGUUUCUCGGCUGGCUGAGGCAGACGUACCCGCACGUUUCGCAUCUUGUCUGCAACGCUGCAGUAGCACCAUUCAUUGGUGUCGACAAUACUCGAGUGAUGGCACAGUAUCGCAAUAACUUUGCGAAAGCGUUCAUUGCGCCAGACUACUUGAUUCAGCGCACAGGUGAGACCAGCCAGGACGGUCUUGGGCUCGUAUGGCAAUGCAAUUUCUUCGGACACUACAUGCUGUUUCGAGGGAUGCACGAGCUCUUCUCGGCCUUUGCACAAACAAGCGGACGACAAGCGAGGGUCGUAUGGAUGUCGACGCUCGCGUCGAUGCCAGAAGACUACAGCUCGGAUGACUGGCAGCUCUUGCGCACCAGACAGCCGUACGAGGGCUCCAAAUACCAGAUGCAGCUCGUGCGCAACCACUUCAGCUCUGGUGAUCUCGACCAGUUCGAAGAUAGCCGCUCUGAGACGACUCAGAAGACCGCCUCACACUCAACCAGCGAGCCGUUCCACCUGCUGGUUCAGCCAGGGGUGGUCGCGACGAAGCUCGAUCCGCUGAACAGCAGUGGAGCCGCGGCUGCUGUUCGUAGCGCUACGUUGUUUUUGUGUCGCCUGUUCGGGUCCACCAAUCAUACGACCGAUCCGUACAAGGGCGCGAUAUCCGCUGUACACGCUAUGCUGGUCGACAUACCUCCAGUGUUGUCCUCUGCAGGCGACACGGCGUCCAUGUAUCCAUCCUUGAAGAGUAACGUCAAGCUAAGCUCAAAGUCAGCUUUGAUGCGCAGGGAAUACGUGGCUGUGGCGGAGUGUAGCGAGGAAUGGUCUAGGUCAGAGAUGGAGAAGGCCAGUGGCUUGGUUGAGCACUGUGAUGAGCUUUACCAGACCUUGUUGCAGUCGUUUUCUCGUUAGAUAUGUAUCAUAAUAGCAGAAACUCUACAUAUGGACUGUUGUAUUACUGUUGUUUCUGUUUCCAAACUUUCCUGUAUAGUAUUUAAUGAUGUGGC